AUGUCGAAACCAGGAGUUCCACUGGAAUCCACCUGCACCCCUCCUCCUGGAAUAGUUGCAGGAGAGUCAAAGCCGGGAGUUCCACUGGAAUCCACCUGCACCCCUCCUCCUGGAAUAAUUGCAGGAGAGUCAAAGCCGGGAGUUCCACUGGAAUCCACCUGCACCCCUCCUCCUGGAAUAAUUGCAGGAGAGUCAAAGCCGGGGGUUCCACUGGAAUCCACUUGCACUCCUCGUCCUGCAAUUCCACUCGUCCCUGCCAUUUAUGGUCGUCCAAUAAUGCCAGGAGUUCUACUUCCUGGUACUACUUUCACCAAUCCUGUUUCACCGCUGAACCCAUUCAAGGUGCCUGAUCAGCUCAUCUCUCUCAACAUCAUCAGCAUCCAUGACGCUCAAGCCAACAGAUAUGAUGUCGAUUCUCUUUUCGAUCUUGUUUAUGACAUUGUUAUUAGCAGCUCAACCAACUUCGAUGAGUAUCUUGGACUCCAGCAAGUGACCGUCAAUGUUGUGGAAGACAAGGUUCCUGAAUCUGAUCUCAAACCAAAUUAUACCCUUCUCAAACAGAUUGCUUGCCAGAUGACAUGCGACUCGUUUACCAUAUCAAAUGCACACGAGUCAGUGGUGGGAGUUCUUCAGAAGCUGAAAAGUUUCACUUGGGAUGCAAAAGCAGUGAUAGCACUCUCCGCUUUUGCUUUGGACUAUGGAGAGACACGGCACCUGACGCUGAAGAAGCAGGCGACAAGGAAGGGGAAUGCGCUUGAGCUGCAUGUGUUCAGGCAUGCAGAAGAGAACAAGCCCGCUGAGUCGGAUUCAAAUCUUACAACCAAUUUGGUUAAAAUUACAUUGGAACUCAUUAAGGGGAUCAUCACAUUGGAGAAGCACUAUAAAUCAUACUCCCCAAGUGACGUUCCCACUCUCGUCAAACCUCUUCGUGAUGUGUAUACUUAUUGGGCUGUUUUCUCCCUUUUUGCGUGUGCUAAUCAAAGGGAAUUGGACAUCAAGAAGAACGUUAUUGAGAGACUCAAUAUUGUUCUCACCCAAUUAAAUGUUUAUUUGAACCAAAUCCAGCGCGAAAUAGAGGCAUGGCAAGAUUUAAGUUGGCGUUUUGAAGCCUUCCGAAUUCCUUCGGGAAUUUGGCCACUUUUGAAGGCUCUAAUCUAUUCCAAAAAGGCUGAUCAACCUGAUAAUAUUAUUGCCAACAAUGCUACUAAAGAACAGCUUACUCUGGAGAAACUAAUAACAACAAAGAACUUGUUUUUGUUCGUUUCUGGUGUUGACAACAUUGACCAUGAGAUAAUAAAGUAUCUAAAAGUGAUUCACGAUUCAAUCACCUACAAUGAGAAAUACAAGAAAGAGGGUAAUAAGAUUGUGUGGGUGCCUGUUGUGGAAUAUUGGACCGAUGAAAUCAAGGAAAAGUUUAAGCGUUUGAAGUCUCUGAUGCCAUCAUGGUAUGUGGUGGAGCAUUUCUCACUCAUAAAAGGUUACAAACCAUUGCAAGAAAUAUGGAACUACCAAGGUAAACCUAUUGUGGUGGUGGCUGAUGCUGGUGGAAAGCUUCUGAACGAAAAUGCACUGCACCCAAUCAUUCUGUGGGGCAUGGAAGCCUUCCCAUUCGAUCCUGCUACCCUCACAAAGGUUUCCCAAAACUGGAAUUGGUUUUGGCCCGCAGCAUAUAAUAUUUAUCCUCUUAUCAAAAAUUGCGUCAUGAGCGAAGAGAAAUACGUCUUUCUCUAUGGAGGAACAAAAGAAUGGACUGAAAAGUUUCAUGGCCUUCUUGAACGUAUAAAAAAGGACCUAGAAGGAACAGAAACAGACAUUGAACACUUCAACCUUGCAACGAAUGACACAAAGCAGACCAAAUUUUGGUUUAGCAUCACCCACUCACUCCUAAGCAACACUCAAAAUGUUGAAACGACCACCCUCAAGCAAAUUCAAAUGCUUCUCGCCAUGAAAACUGAGAAGGGAUGGGCGAUCGUGAGCAAAGGCAAGAACGUAUUCUUAUUUGGGUACAAUGAAGUGAUGUUGAAAGUACUCCAAGGCUUCGAAAAGUGGCGACCCAGUAUUUUGGUGUCAGGCUUUUACUAUGGCAUCUACAACUACUAUGUCGAACUCCACGAGACCGAGAAACGCCAUUGUAUGAAGUUCCAGCUGGAUAAUAUCCACUCUCGUGUGCUGAUCCCCUUUAACUGCCCUGAUCCGACAUGCGGCCGGAUGAUGGAGAUCACUUCUCUGUCCUACAAAUGUUGCCAUGGGAUGCAUUUUGUUGAUGAUGAUGAUCUUCCAUUUGAAAAUGGUAAAGGACCAAUGCCCCUGUCAGCCAUCAAACCCCGUGCUGCGACCGACGAUAUUAUUACUCCUUGA